AUGCACUGUUAUCGAUUACGUCAUCCGUCUCAAACAAUCGGGAAAAAUCAAUACGGAUACAUAUGGCUUCAUUCAUUCAUUUACUGUCUCUCGUUCCCACGUUCCAUUGAGAAAUUGCAUUUCAUUCAUGUAUCUUUCGUGCGAGGGCGGACAUUUUCCCCACCUAAUGAAUGGUUCAUCAAAGGUGGGAAAUUCCCUUCCUUUGUGUGG